AUGAUCGUACUCUCUUCAGAUGAUGCAGUUACAGAUGUGCUGGUAAAGAAGAGUGGGAACUAUUCAGACAGGCCUGACAUGUUCAUUGGACAAAAGAUUGCCAGCGGAAAUCUUCGACUUGUUGUCAUGAGGUAUGGCGAUAACUGGCGCAUGAUCCACCGAAUGAUACACAACGUAAUGAAUAUCAAGGCUGCAGUGACCUACGUCCCUUAUCAAGACCUUGAAAACAAAUUCCUUCUAGAAGGUCUUCUCGACACUCCGGCUGAUUUUUUAGCACACAUUCGACGAUUCACGUACUCACUUUCUACCCAAAUGAUUUUCGGUUACCGCUGCGUCAAUAACAGGGACCCAAAUCUGUUGCAACUGUUUGAGAGCUUCGAAAAUUGGGGAAAGCUUGCAGGGAGUUCGAGUGCUCAAAUAGCAGACCUUUUCCCUGUUCUUCAAAAACUACCGGACUUCAUGACGCCGAACGUUAGUUACGCGAAGAAGCUUUUCGAGAUUGAAAGAAAGAACUACGUCGGCCACUGGAUGAAAUCGAAGAAAGUACUUGACAGUGCCAAGGGUUUGCAUUGUUUCUGUAACGACAUCUACGGAGUUCAGUCGCAAGAAGGAUUCAGCGAUGAUGCCGCGGGAUACACCAGUGGCUCACUACUGGAAGCAGGGUCGGAUACGACUGCAUCGACUUUGUAUGGUUUUAUUCAGGCCGCUCUCGUUUGGCCUGAAGUCCAGCAAAGUGCCCAAGAAGAGAUUGAUCAAGUCGUGGGCCCCAGCCGUCUUCCUACGAUAGAUGACUACGAGAAUCUUCCAUACAUUCGUUGCUGCAUAAAGGAGAGUCUUCGCUGGAUGCCUACCGUCAUUCUUGGGGUACCCCAUGCCGCCAUUAAGGAAGAUACGGCAAUUCACAUGGACCCAGAGCGAUCCGAGAAUCCCAGAGUUUUCAACCCUGAACGCUUCAGAGGCGAUGAUACUUCUUUGUACCAAUCUGCUGUUGGGAAUACAAAAAACCGGGAUAACUUUGUGUUUGGGGCAGGCCGCCGCCUCUGUCAAGGGAUUCAUAUUGCCGAACGAUCUCUCUUUUUGGAGAUUUCCCGACUGAUGCGGGCAUUCAAUUUCGAACUACCGGUGGACGCCAAAGGAGUUCCAAUUCAAUACGACAUCGAAGACUUGGUUGGAGGGAUCACGGCCCAGCCCUCUGAUUACCCUGCUAUUAUCAAACCUCGCUCUCCUGAGAAGGCUCAGAUCAACAGGGAUUCAGUUGAAGAAAGUAAACAAUUUUUAGACCUGGACACAUUGCAGUGGAAGAAGAUUCCUAAGGGCAUGGCUUUUAGCACAUGGAUGCCAGACACAGCCCAAGAUUGA